CAAGACUUAGACAUGUCCAGUGGCAAAGUGACUAACAACAGUCGUUCGGAAAUUCAUGACUGGAACUAUCGAGUGAAUAGACUUAAUGAUCAGAUUGCAGAGAGGAGAUUCAGAAAACAUGAGGGAUUUCAUGGCGCUGAAGGUUCGAGCCCCCAAAGAGUUAAUUCUGGGUCUAGAAACCUUGGAUACAACGAAGAUGAAGAACGUAAGGUCAGUAACAAAAGGAGUUUUGGGAUGUCUGAUGACAUGGAACAAAGAUAUCAUAGGAAUAAGGAAAGUCGUAACGCUGGAUAUCGAGGUCAUUUUGUAGAAAGAUCUCGGAUGUAUCGUAUGCCGGAUGAUGAAGAUAACAACGAUGGCCACAAUUAUUAUCGAGAAAUGGAUGAAAAGGGUUACAGUAAGACAGACUUCCGCAAAGAUAGGAGAGAUAACUGCCAUGAAUAUAAGGAAAUGAAUGACAUGGGUCACAGAGAAACAAAAUUUGGCAAAGAUACAAGCAAUGACCCGAAUUAUUAUCAGGAAAUAUAUGAAACAGGUUACAGAGAAACAGAAUUCCGCAAAGAAAGAAGAGGUAAUCGCAGUAAAUAUCAGGGAAUGAAUGAUGAAACAGGUUACAUAGAAACAGAAUUCUGCGACGGCAAAGCAAGUGAUCGAAAUGGAAGAGAUUAUCCUCAGAAUAUUAGAUACAUGGAUCGCCGGCUUCAUCAUCCAAGAACAACUCUAAAUUAUCAACCACCAAAUGCCCAGUACAUUGAUCGUGGAUCGGAUUUCCCACAAUCGAAUAUGCAAUGCCAACCCGACACAUCGGCCUGGAAUACUCAGGCACCGUCCACUGUACCAUACCCACUAGAGGGGGAGCCAAUUGCAAAAGGUCAAGAGGAAGUGGAAGAGAAGAAGCCGCGGAAAAGGUGGUGGUACACAACAAGUCGGGUAUUCUCUGUCUUGUUGAUAUUCUGUAGUGUUGUGUUAGACUGGCUACAGUUCUUUGAAAUGCAAGAUCUAAUUAUAAAUGAACUGCAUCAUGCACUUAAAGACCCCUUAGGUCAUACAUUUUUCGACACUUUCACUUCUAAAAACUGUACUGUAAAACCCAAAAGAGAUGAAGCAAAUUAUUUUUGGUAUUUAACAGUGGCUGGUACGGUUCUGGCUGGAUUGCAGUUUGCUAACAUCAUUUACCAGAUCAUUCAGAACCACCGAUUACCCAUCGAUACGGAUAUUACAAACUGUUUUGAAGAACGAACUGAGGUUUUUCUAGUGAAUAUGUUUAUCAAAUUUCCACAGCUUAUUUUGAUAGAUCGUUUUGAAGUAAACUUAUGUCUUGUUUGCGACAUUGGACCCUCUAUAAAACUGAAAGGUUUAUUGAAUGGUCUAUCUUCAUUGGCUAGUACAGUCUGGCGUCAUUUAACUCACUUCAAAACCUGUAGCUGUUCCAAGAUGUGUGAAAAAUGUGCUGCAGGCUGUGGGAAUUGCGUAAAGAACUGCCUCUUCGGAUGCAUCAAGAGUCUUUGUCCAACUCGUUUUUGCUGCAUUGAAUUUAAGGAUUUAUUUCCAUUUUGUUUUAUGCACCUCAUCUGUAAAAAGUUCUGGAUGUGUAUAACAAAACUCUGCCGAUGUAGAUGCAGAUCCAAGUCGCCAUCAAUAAUAGCAAGACUAGCCUUUAUUCCAACGAGCUUUGUGGCAUUUCUGAUUGGACUUAAGAUUGCGAAAUUCUUCUGCUGGCCUCCGCUAUCGAAUAUCAUCACCGCAGUCUUUGAUGAUGCCAUUGGCUUCCUUUGGAACAGGAUGUUUUAUAAUGAAUAAACCUUCUUUUUCAACAAUGUUUAAGUGUGCAGAUAACAUGUUAUUUAAUAAGUAUCAUUUUAUACGGUGUUAUGUAGAUAUGUUUACAUAUACAUACUACAUGUUAUAACCAAAUAUAACUUUAUAUUCUAUUUCUUAUAUUCAAAUCUAUAUUACAGUAACUAUAUUAAAAUAAUAGACUCGAAUUUUUGGGCUUUAAUACCGAGAAAUCGGAAGUGUACUGGGUUUUUUUGUUUUGUAUAUUUUAAACAUCAUUGGUUCUUGAAGAUUACCAAUUUGUUUUUAUAUUUUCUCAAUCAAGCUUCGCUUAUUAAUAAUCAACGAAAAUUCCUUUAAAAAAUUCGGAAAUCAUCUGGAAUUUUUGGAUUUUACAAUUUGCGCAUGUGCAUUACAUUCACGCUAAAUUACGGGAGGCUCUUUAGUUUAUGUUUCCACAAUAUCAUACUUGCAUGAAUGAACUCAGAAACGAUAUUACAAAUGCGUGUAAAUUUUCAUUGAAAAUUUGUCAUAUAUUCUUUUCAUUAAAGGAAAUACGGGAGAUAACUUUAAUUCUGUGCAUUUAAUAUGAAAAAUCCCGAGAGUUUCGAAUGUCAACAUGGUGGGUAAAUAAGAAGCGGGUAAAAACGUUAGUGAAAAAGUGUUACAUGUAAAUUCUUCAUAGAUAUGAAUUACAUUUUAAAUAAAAGGUAUUUGCAGCCUCAAAAUGGGUUAUGAAUAAUUUUACUUUUCAAUGCAGCUUCAUUAAUUUUCUUCAAAAUCGUUUCGGAGCGAUUCUGAAAUUUUAAGCAACAUUACGGGAAUAUGGGAAGCAUUUCAACUGGUAGAAGGCCUGUCCCGAGACUCAGUUAGAUUGUUCUAACCAAGCAGGGUGUAGUGAAAUUAAUAGCUUUAUUGUUGGCUUAAAGCUUGGUUAUGUAAAUGUCAACUAUACGGUGUGUCGAUGUAUCUAUUUCGUAAAUGUCCGAUAUCAUAUGCAAUGUUAACCUGUGCACGGACGGGUCAAAGUCUAGUUUUAAUCAAACAUGUGUAAACAUUAUCAUCAGGAGUUCGUGAAAAAUUUGAUACGCAUGCUGCAAUAAACUCAAUGUUACGAAAUUUCUAUUCAUAUUUAAAUUCAGUUAAUUCAUAUUCAAAUUCAGACAUGUACAUGUAUAAAUAUUGAGCAUUCGAACUUGGUAUGACUUGACUCAAUAAAUUCAAAAUCA